CGACGUCCCGCCGCACGCGUCAAGAGAGACGCGCGCACGUCGUCGCUUUUUUUUAUCCCACCCCCGCGCGCUCGCGCGCCAUGACGAAGCACAAGAGACUCAAAGACGAGAACGGGAACGACCUCCCGCAGCCCCCGAAGCGCGCCAGGACCGCGUACCUCGUCUUCUGCGACAAGCACCGCGCGCAGAUCAUGCGCGACGUGCACCCGGAGCCCGACGCGAAGUUCACGCGAGAGGAGAUGCAACAGGUCACCACUCGACUCGCGGAGCGGUGGAAGAACGUCGCGCCCGACGAGCUCGCGGCGUGCAAGGCGGAGGCUGAUCGCCUGAAGGACGAGUACGAGGCGGCGAAGGUGGCGUUCGGCCCGGGUUUGAUGCGGCGCUCGAACAAGAGCAAGAAGAACAAGCGCGCGAGGAUCAUCGUGGAGGGCGUCGGCGAGAAGCCCAAGCGCGCGCGGACGGCGUACCUCAUCUUUUGCGACCGGUACCGGAACCUAAUCAUGAAGGAGGUGCACUCGGACCCGACGACGAAGUUCACCAGGGAGGAGAUGCAGCAAGUCACGACUCGACUCGCGGACAUGUGGAAGAACGUGCACACCGAGGUUUUGGCCGAGUGCAAGGCGGAGGCGGAGGAGUGCAAGAGGGUGUACCAGGAGCAGAAGGACAAGUACGUCCCUCCGGUGUACGCGAGCGCCAAAGGCGGGAAGAAGGGGAAGAAAGGGAAGGGGCGGGACGACGGGAAGCCGAAGCGGCCGCGGACCGCGUAUCUGAUCUUCGCGGAGGACGAGCGCGCGCGUUUGAAGAAACUGCACCCGGACAUGGACUUCACGGACACGUCCAGGUGGGUGAGCCGGGAGUGGAAGGAGCUCCCGGAUAACAAGCGAAACGCGUACAUGCGCACCGCGGAGAAGGAGCAGGAUAAGCACCGGAUGGCGAAGGCGUCGUGGGAGGCGAAGAACACGAUCACCCCGGCCAUGAACAUGGGUGGCAUGGGUGGUGUUCACCCCGGCGUGGGCGGGAUGCAAGUGCAGCACGGGCACGGGAUGGACGUCGGCGGCGUGCCCAUGGUGAGCGCGUGA